AUGGGUUACCUGCGCCGGCCCGUUCCUCCAGGCUUCCUUUGGCGUGCCCGCGCGCAGCGGGCACGGUCACUCCUGUUGUAUUGUACAACACCUACGAGUGCCAAGACGUGGCUCAAGUCCCUCACCCCGGCAAUCGCACACUCCACCUCUCGCACACUUCCAGCCCCGCAUUCCUGCCCAACCAUCCCUCGUCCCGUCCAAGGUCAAACCACAACAACUUACCAUCAGCGCCAUCAGAAACGGAAGCAUGUCCGUACGGAAGGCAGCCGAAGAGUGGGGCGUACCCCCUCAACCAUUCAGUCCCGGAUCAAGAAGGGUGUCCGACCCAAGGGCGAAUACGAAGCUACUGUAUUGCAAAAGCUUUCGCCUACCCAGGAAAAGCAUCUGGCGGCCUGGAUCACGAUACAAGAGGACUUAGGCGUCCCGGUUUCCCAUCGCCAGAUUCGCUUAUUCGCCGACCGUAUCCUCCAGGCAAACGGCUCCUCAGAGACGGUCGGGAACGGCUGGCUUCCUCGAUUUUUCAAGCGCCACCCAGAAGUUAAGACCAAGAAGGUGAAGCGAGUUGACUACAAGCGCAUUGAAGGGGCAACAACUGAGGUUAUUAGGACCUGGUUUGAGAAGCUUGUGCUCCCUGCUAUUGAGGACAUCCUGCCCGAGCACCGGGGGAAUAUGGACGAAGUUGGAGUGAUGGAAGGUAUGGGAACAAACGGUUUAUGUGUUGGAAGACAGGAGACCAGAGUUGCUAUCGCCAAGAGUCCAGAAAACCGGAUCUGGAUCACGAUCAUCGAAUGCAUCACGGCAGCGGCAACAACAAAGAGGCGGUUGUUGGUAGUUGAUGGGCAUGGGAGUCAUGAAAGUGAUGAGUUUAUGUGGGAGUGUUACGCCAACAACGUUCACCUUCUUUUUUUACCUCCACACUGUUCCCACGUCCUCCAGCCGCUCGACCUUACCGUCUUCAGCCCCCUGAAGAACAGCCACCGCCGUUACCUGAGCGAUAUCAUCCUUCAACGCAACGGACUCCCUCUCAACAAACAGGACUUCAUCGUCGCCUAUGCUAGAGCCAGGGAAGAUCUGAUGUACAGCAAAAAUGUCAGAUCUGGAUGGGAGGCAUCUGGUCUCUGGCCCCUCAACGUCGAGAAGCCUCUCGCGAGUCGCUUUGUCGACGUAGGACAACCCAGACAGGUUUCCACGCCUCGAAAACGACGCCAUCGGUCACAAGAAAGUCUGUCGAAGAUCACUAGGCUAUCAUAUAAGACUGUCCCGACGCCUAGACGCAGUCAAGAUAUCUUUAAGUUGUUGUACGAAGUUAGCCCUGAACUAUGCGAGAUUUUCAGGACGGACAACACGGUCAAGAUCAGCUUUGAUAAGAUCGCGAAGCUUGCUGAUGAGACAACGAUGGAAGUGUUGAAUUUGCAACUGAAACUUGAGGCAGUUGAAGCUCAGUUGGAAAGAGUGAAGCCCGAGAAGAAGAGGAAGGUCAAACUGGAUCCCAACGUCAAAUUUGCGACUAUUGUAGAUAUUAUCAAGGCGAAGUUCGAAGCUGGGGAGCUUGUAGAGACAUCGGACGCUUUAACGGACGUCGUCCUACAGGGUCAUUGCAGGAUGUCAGCGAGUAUAUGGAUUUAG